AUCACAUGACCAGGAAGUCCCAGUUAUAUUUAGGGACUAGAAACUGAAACCAAAACAACGCAGGCAGGAAAGAUCGAGGAAGGAAAAGACAACAAUGGCGAGAGCGACCCCAAGCGGUCUGGCCCACCAGCAGCAGAUACUGAAUACUACAGACAUCGUGGUGGUGCUUAAAGACAUGACAGAAGUGAACGCCGAUGUCUACUGCAAUAGCUGUACGUCCAACCUGGAAGGAGGUGAACUGGCCAGUACCCUUGCUAGAGUCGGAGGAAGAGGCUAUGAAGAAUCGAGAAAACGCGUUGGUCGGACAGGGAGCAACGGCCUGGCGGUCAGUGACCCCGGUGACCUGAACUGUAAACACGUGAUCCACCUGGAUAUUUUUUCAAAUGGCACGUGGAAGGACAGAACGAUAAGAGUGUUGCAAGAAGCGAAUCGCCUUGAAGCCCAAUCUAUUGCAAUGCCUGCAUUUGGCACAGGAGCGGCCAGGCAGGACCCCCAGGCGGUAGGCAAGGGGAUGUUGGAGGCAAUAGCAGAGUUCGUCUUACAGGGCGGGUGUACAACUCUUAAUCGGAUUACUAUAGUGCUAGUACAAGAGAGGCUUCUGGACAGCUUCAACAUGGCGGAAUGUGUCCCUCUCCAGCCUCAGGACCCAGAGUAUCUGGGAAUUUCCCAGAGCCGAGAGUUCCGAGGAAGACUAAUUGAAAGAAUCGAGCGGCUGCCUCAACCUAUUCCCCUACAAACAUUUCCAAGGGAUGUGCCAAGGGAUAUUGACCUAGCGCCAGACAGAUACGUGGCGGCCUCUAGUCAGCCUAGACCACACUUGAGACGCUCAGAUAGCGGCCAUCAUGAAAGUUUCGGUUUCCGCGAGGAAGAAGGUAUGUCUAUUCCAUACCUGACCGAGAGCAGCCGAGAACAUCGCAGUAUCACUUUAGCCUCAGUGCUCACGGGGAGCAUGCGUGGUGACGACAACGUGGCGUCAGACGAUAACGUCACAGAGGAGUCGCAGGCGUCCUCCAAGGAAUCUACGGCCACUGUCUCCUCUGAUUCUUCUCUGCAUAGCUUGUCUGAUACAGAAAUUGAAGGUGAAGACAUUCAAGAGGAAAAAAAUGUCGCAGCAGCACUAGGUGAUCUUUCCAUGUUCACUUCAUCUGAUGGAAAAAUUUUGGUUUCUACCUUAAAUGAAAGCAUGAGGUCUUGGUAUAGCGUACAUCUGUCCAAUGAGAAUAAUCAGGAAAGGCCACAAAAUAAUUAGGGCCUGCUACACAAUUAGGCCUACUUUGAUUUGACCGUGUGUAGAGAGCAGGGGAGUUUAAAGUCAUACAGGUUGACAGGCCUGUAGCCAGCAAUUUCAAAAAGGGGGGGG